UGUGCCUCAGGUAGGAUCUCUUAGAACUUUAUAAAAGUAAGCACAUGUGAAAGAUAUGAAGUCGAUUAUUUCAGGAAAAGUAUUUAAAUGGAAAGAAAGGGUAUUUAGGAAGUCCUUGUCUGGUGUAAAAGUUAGCGAUAACAGAUAUUGUCCUAUCUUAAGAAAGUACCUAAAGCCUGAAAAAAGGUCCUAAAGCAAGACACAGCUGGGUCUUAUCUUAACCUUGGAUUCCAUUGUAUCACUUUUCUUUCCCCAAUUAUUUCUUUGGCUCCUAGAUUCCCUUCGGUAUUAAAUAUGAUGAGAAGUGGCUGCUGAAUUUGAUUCAGAAGCAAUGCAGUGUCCCCUUCACCCCAGUCGAAUUUCACUAUGAGAAAAUGCAGGCCCAGUUCUUCGUUGAGAAUGCCAACAUUGCCUUCGCACUGAAGAAUGUCAAUGGCAAGAUUUACAAUGAGGCUAAUGAAAGGAUAUCUAUCUUUGUUGAUCCCUGUGAUGCACCCCACUCUGUGCUGAAGGAGCUGAGGUCAGAAAAGGUGGAGCAGAUAAAGCUGCCCGUGAAGGAACAAUAUGAUGCCUCCCAGCAAUCUCUUGACAUCCAGAGAGUCCGCUCUGACCCUGACUUGAUGACCCGUGAUACUGGAAUGGCACGAAACCCUAGAACUGGCGUGGCCGCCUCCCUGCAGAUCCAUCCAGGGAAUAUGCCCAAGCUUUUGGCCUUGGACCUGAGCAAUAAGAAACCCUACCAGCUGCACAGCCUGUCCAACACUAUGCCGAAUGCUUCCAACACCAAGAACUUGAACCUCUCCAACACUGAGGUGGAGUCUGCAGGGGAGAUGGACAAGGGUGAGCGGCUGGAGCCAGAAGGGAUGUGUGCAGACAGAAACCCCCUGUGCACCACCUUCCCUGAUAUGUCAACCAACAUAAGGUCAGAUGCAUCCUCUGUUACCCGGUGGCAGCCUGAGCUACUCCCGAAAGUGCCCGUUUGCAAGGGGCAGCUGACGUGGACCUCAGGGAGGACUACAGGCCCUAUGCUCUCCUCUCUGCAUCACAAAGCUGCCAAAGUUUCAACCAGCACCCAGUGGGCCCCCAGCCCAACAUGUGCAUAUUUUACAUUCUUACGUGCUGUGUCUGAGCCAUUCUGGGGCAGGUGAAGAGCUGCAAAUGGGGCGCCAUUUCCCCUUUCUCCUCUCUUCUUCCCUUACCCCCACCACGGGAAAGCUUCUUUCCCUUCCCUUUGUUUUCUCUCUCUCCCUUGUGUCUAGGCCCAUAUGUCUCUCUCAUCUAUCCCCUCGUACCUUCACUCCCUUUCUGUCUUCAUCCCCCUCCAUCUCCCUCCCUGAGCCCCACCUCACUCACCUCCCUGCCCCAGCACCCUGGGCCAUCCAAGGGGGAAGUCCAGGUCUUGGUCCAGGUCUUGGCAGAGUGCUGGACCGCCAGUGAGGUAGCAGAGCCUCGGGCACACACCCCAUUCCCUCUUCUCUCCACAGCCUUCAGUGGGGCCCUGGAGGAAGGAAGGGAGGGGAAGGAAGCCCUGCAGCAUGGGUUUGAAAUGCUGGUCCCUGUGGCACUGGAGAAGAGAGUCCAGGCAGUCUGCGGGGGAGCUACCCAGGGGAAGGAGAGGAA